GUUGAAUUUUAUGGUUUCAACGCGUUUAAAAAAUUACAAAAAUAGGUGUUUUUGUUAAUUUUAUGCUACGUAUUUGGACUGAAAUGCUGUAUUGAUUUGUACAUUGGCAACAUGAGCAACUACCGCGGCAUGGGAGGCGGCGGCUUUCCGUACAAGAAGCAGGCUGGCAACAAUAUGAGCGCAGUGCCUCCGCCACCAGCGCUAACAGGCGCUCGUGGUGGCAGCGCGGUCAGUUUUAGCGUUCGGGGCAGAGGCAGCGUAGGUGUAGCUGGCGCUGGCGCAUCAAGCAGCGGAACUUCUAAGCAUGGUUACUCAACGCUGGAGUCUAUCAGUCAGUAUACGAGUUCUACCAACUAUGUGGGCAAGCGCAAAUUGCAUAUGGACGAUGACUAUUUUGACGAGGAUGAUGAUACGCCACAGAAGGAGCCGCUGGAACAGGCUUAUAUACCAGCGCCGGGUUCGCCUGGAGCACCAGCUACGAAGGCCGAUGACGAUUCGGAUGAUGAUCCGCUGGAACAGUUCAUGGCUGGCAUCAAUCAACAGGUGGAGAAAGAGAAGGUGAUUAAUACACAGCAAAAGGCCACCAUUGCGCCCGUGGAUAAAAAGGGCGUGCGUGGCGACAUUGAUGAUGAGGACGACGAGGAAAGUUACUAUCGCUACAUGGAGGAGAAUCCCAAUGCGGGUCUACGCGACGAGGGCUCCGAUAUCGAAAUUGACUACGAUGAGGACGGCAAUCCUAUUGCGCCGCCCAAAAAGAAGGAAAUUGAUCCACUACCGCCCAUUUAUCACUCUGAAAUAGAGUACGCGCCUUUCGAGCGUAACUUCUACACGCCACAUGAGGACAUAGCACAACUUGGCGAGGAGCAGGUGCGCGAGCUACGCAAUAAAUUGGGCAUCAGGGUAACCGGUGCGUCGCCACCCAAGCCGGUGACAUCCUUUGGGCACUUUAACUUCGAUGACCGAUUAUUAAAAGCCGUGCGCAAAGCGGAGUAUACACAGCCUACUCCUAUUCAAGCACAGGCAGUGCCCGUUGCGCUAAGCGGACGUGACAUCAUUGGCAUUGCCAAAACGGGCUCCGGCAAGACGGCAGCGUUCAUUUGGCCACUGCUGGUGCACUUGAUGGAUCAGCGCGAACUGGCCCCGGGCGAUGGGCCCAUUGGACUGAUACUGGCGCCGACACGUGAGCUCUCGCUGCAAAUCUACGCCGAAGCCAAAAAGUUCGGCAAGGUGUACAAUAUCAAUGUGGUCUGUUGCUACGGUGGCGGCUCCAAGUGGGAGCAGAGCAAGGCGCUUGAGACGGGCUGUGAAAUAAUUGUGGCCACACCAGGUCGCAUGAUUGACAUGGUCAAAAUGAAGGCUACCAAUCUGAAAAGAGUAACAUUUCUGGUGCUGGACGAGGCGGAUCGCAUGUUCCACAUGGGCUUCGAGCCACAGGUGCGCUCCAUCUGCAAUCAUGUGCGCCCAGAUCGACAGACGCUGCUGUUCUCGGCCACGUUCAAGAAGCGCAUCGAGCGCCUGGCACGUGACAUUCUCACAGAUCCUGUGCGCAUAGUCCAGGGCGAUCUCAACGAGGCCAAUUCGGAUAUUACGCAGCAUGUGUUUGUGUUUCCCAAUCCGCUGCAAAAAUGGAACUGGCUGUUGUGUCACUUGGUUAAGUUCCUCUCCGAGGGCGCUGUGUUGGUGUUUGUAACCAAGAAAGCGGAUGCAGAAGUCGUAGCGAAUAAUCUUAUGGUACAGGAGCACAACUGUCUGCUGCUGCACGGUGACAUGGAUCAGGCGGAUCGUAACAAGGUCAUCACACAGUUCAAGCGCAAGGAAUGCGACGUACUGGUGGCCACCGAUGUGGCUGCUCGUGGUCUGGACAUACCCCACAUACGCAAUGUGGUCAACUAUGACAUAGCGCGAGACAUCGACACGCACACACAUCGAAUCGGACGCACUGGACGAGCUGGAGAGAAGGGCAAUGCCUAUACGCUGGUAACGGAGAAGGACAAGGAGUUUGCUGGGCAUCUGGUGCGCAAUUUGGAGGGCGCUGAUCAGGAUGUGCCCGCCGAUCUCAUGGAGCUGGCCAUGAAGAGCAGCUGGUUUCGCAGUUCGCGUUUCAAGCAGGGCAAGGGCAAGAGGCCUGUCAAUAAUUUCAUGGGCUUGGGCUAUCGUGAGCGUGGAAGCGGUGGUGGCGCUGGAAGGGAUGGUGGCAAUGGCAGUAGCAGCGGCGGUAGUAGCGGUGGAUCUGCUGUUGGCUCGAAGAUGAAGCUGCUUGCAUCUGAGUCAAGUAAAUCGACAACUAACGCUGGACCCGCCUCGGAUCGUUACUCGGCCAUGCGUCAAGCUUUCCGCUCGCAGUACUGUUCGCAGUUCCGGGCCUCUAGUGAUCGCACUUGGGAGCAAACAGUGCCUGAGACGGGAGUCUUUACGGCGCCGACGCCACCUGCGCCAUCUUCAGGCGGCGGACACUCGAACCCGUUCUCUUCUUCUCCUUCCCCCUCCUCCUCGUCGUCGUCUGCCUCAGCUGAGGCAAAGCGUGCCAAGAAGAGUCGUUGGAAUUAAGAGCUUGUUUUUUGUUUUAUUUUCAUAUUAUUUAAUGUGUAUUUGCUUUUCUUUCAUCAUUUUCAUUUUUUU